GUCCGCAUCAGAUCAGAUGCUGUCAAACUCGACGACAUAACCCCAGAUUGUUGGCAUAAAUCAUAAUAAUACCAAGAUGAAAAAUAGGCCCACAAAUGUUUAAAACAGUGGGAAAAACACGCUUACCUUUAGGGUUCCAAUGGGGUCGGCUGGCACUUAGAUGCAAAACUACCUCUAGUGUUUUGCGGACACCCAGUACAUUGGUUAACCGCAUUCAAAACUGCGGUUUGUCCGAUGCAGUUUUUCACAAGCAACUUAAGGUGAUUAACAAGGAAUAUUCAGCAGUGUGGGCUCUAUUGCGUCGAUCUGGGCUCAAAGAACUGUCCCAAUUGCGCCCAUAUUUGGGCGCCAGGCAUAUCAGCACGUCCUCGAGCCAAUCACAAAAACAAGGCCCAGUUGAUCCCGACCCAAAUAAGCCAGACAAGGAUGGUGAUGACAAAGAUAAGCUGUCCGCCUUAGUGGCAAAAGCCUUGAUCUGGAUGCUGACCACCUAUAUGGUCAUCGCUAUGAUUUCCUUGAUUUUUCCAAGUACAAAUCAGCCGGAGGUUGUGCGAUACGUUUCCUGGAAUGAGUUCCUCUAUCAAAUGCUGGCAAAAGGCGAAGUAGAACAAAUCAUUGUCAGGCCUGAUAUUGAUAUUGUGACCAUCAUUUUGAAAGAAGACGCGAUUAUCAAGGGGAAAAAAACUGACCUACGCACAUACCACAUGAACAUUGCGGACGUAGAAAAAUUCGAGAAUAAGCUCAGAGAAGCGGAGAGAAGACUGGGAAUUAAGGAUGGGGUACCCGUUACAUAUGAACGCGGUAGCGAUUCAGCCGGCAAAUUGCUCAUAUCGCUAAUGUUUGUCGCGCUCCUAGUAUGGUUUUUAGCUAAGAACAAAGGUAUUAAGACGCCGCUUAAUAUGGACGUUUUUAACCAAAUGACCAGGGCGAAAUUCACGUUAGUCGAUCCUUUAAUGGGACAAGGAAAGGGUGUCCAUUUUAGCGACGUUGCUGGCUUGAGGGAAGCUAAGCAGGAAGUCAAGGAAUUUGUCGAUUACCUAAAGCGGCCGGAACAUUACAAGGCCUUGGGCGCCAAAGUACCCAAGGGCGCCUUAUUGCUAGGACCGCCUGGAUGUGGCAAAACGCUUCUAGCCAAAGCCGUGGCCACCGAGGCAAAUGUGCCAUUUUUAUCCAUGAACGGGUCAGAAUUUAUUGAAAUGAUCGGCGGGUUGGGUGCCGCUAGAGUGAGGGACUUAUUUAAAGAGGCACGAAAGCGAGCACCCUGUAUCAUCUACAUUGAUGAAAUUGACGCUGUGGGUAGGAAAAGAAGCGGCAGUUUGGGCGCGGGUGCAAGCGGAGAAAGUGAACAAACGCUCAACCAACUGCUAGUGGAAAUGGAUGGAAUGGCUAGCAAAGAAAAUGUGAUCAUGCUGGCGUCUACCAACAGGGCCGAUAUUCUUGAUAAGGCAUUAUUGCGACCUGGUAGGUUUGACCGUCACAUUUUAAUCGACUAUCCAGACCUAAUAGAACGCAAGGAAAUUUUCGAGCAGCACCUUAAAGUGAUUGCUCUGGAGAAUCCGCCUGAGACCUACUCAAAAAGAUUAGCAUUUUUAACUCCCGGAUUCAGUGGCGCUGACAUUGCAAACGUUUGCAACGAAGCUGCUUUGCACGCAGCUAGACAGAAGCAACAUAAAGUAACCGGCAACGACUUGGAAUACGCCGUGGAAAGACUGGUUGGUGGCACUGAAAAGCGUAGCCAUUCUAUGUCUCCACAGGAAAAAAGUAUCGUGGCUUAUCACGAAUCGGGCCAUGCACUUGUGGGCUGGAUGCUCGAGCAUACCGAUGCCCUUCUAAAAGUCACUAUAGUGCCCAGAACGAAUUUAGCUUUGGGCUUCGCUCAAUAUAUCCCCAAAGAUCAGAAAUUACACACCAAAGAAGAGCUGUUCGACCGAAUGUGCAUGGCCUUAGGCGGUAGGGUUGCGGAAUCGAUUGUAUUCAAUAGAAUCACCACAGGGGCACAAAAUGAUCUAGACAAAGUAACCAAAAUGGCAUACGCAAAUGUUAAAGAGUACGGCAUGAAUGAAACGGUCGGCCUAGUGAGUUUUCCUGAACAAGAAACGAAGGAAUUGGGCGCAAGACCAUACAGCAAAAAAUUUGCGAAUAUCAUCGACCACGAAGCGCGAAAACUUGUAGGCGAAGCCUACAGAUACACCGAAGGAGUAUUGAAAAAAAACAGAGAUAAGCUGGAAAUGCUCGCGCAAAAUUUAAUCAACAAGGAAACUCUGAAUUAUGACGACGUGGAGAAGCUGCUGGGACCUCCACCAUAUGGCAAGAAAAAGCUAAUCGAUCCGGCGGAUUUCGAAGAGAAUAUCCGAAAAGAUGCGGGCGAUGCGGUUAAAGAAACAGCCGAAGCUUCAAAACCUGUUGCAUCCUAGUGUAGCUUUUGUAGAUAUAUGUGUUGCUAAAUAA